AUGAACAGAGUGAUUAAUCAGCUUUCCGGUAAGUUGAUGAAGGAUAAAAGUAUCAUCACCGGAACUAGCGGUGGAGAUUCGACGACUUUCCGAUCUGCCGUCAAGGAAUCUACAUCAUCGCCGUCGAAUUCAGUCGCGUCUUCGCCUUCUUCGGUGAGGAGACUAAAAGGCGAUCUGGAAUCGAGCCGGUUUGGUGCGGCGGCGAGUGAGAAGCUGAGACUGGCGGAGGAAUCUCUGAGGACGGUUAUGUUUCUGAGCUGUUGGGGAUCUUGUUAG